CUGGAACUGCUGAGCGAUUACCUUGCGCGAUAUCGUGCGUACACACGAGCGAUAUGACCCGCGAUAGCGAUAUACAGGGGUCACAGCUACAGUAAUUUACAUACGAGGCAGGACUAGGAAGGGAGAGACUGCGGCGGCCAUCUUUUCCUGGCUGCAUUGUGCGGUGUGGCUGGAUUGCUGAGGUUAUACUUGAUGGACACUGCUGCAUUGUUGGAUUGCUGAGGUUAUACCUGCUGGACACUGCUGCAUUGUUGGAUUGCUGAGGUUAUACCUGCUGGACACUGCUGCAUUGCUGAGGGUAUACCUGCUGGACACUGCUGCACUGCUGAGGUUAUACCUGCUGGACACUGCUGCACUGCUGAGGUUAUACCUGCUGGACACUGCUGCAUUGCUGGAUUGCUGUGCUGUGUUGCUUAGCUGAACACAGUGUCUGCUGUGAUGGAUCCCUUUACCUAUAGAGUUAGGGUAUUAUAUGCUAUGGGUGUGGCCCUAACUGAGAUGGAGAGGGCCCAGAACAGGAGACGACCUCGCUCGCGCCGGACGCAGCUGCAGCAAAGGGAAACUCUUCAUGAGCGGCUGCAGCGAAGGGAAACGCUCUCUCACGAGCGGCAGCAGCGGAGGGAAACUCUCUCUCACGAGCGGCAGCAGCGGAGGGAAACUCUCUCUCACAUGCCGCUGCUCGUGGAGAUUCAAGAAAACAAUCCCGAUGACUAUCGCAACGUCCUGAGCAUGGAUGACGCAACCUUCCAGGAGUUGCUGAGUCUGGUGACGCCUCACCUCCAGAGGCAGGAUUCCGGGCUGCGGCGGGCCGUACCUGUCGAGCAGAGGCUGGCCACCACCCUGCGCUUCCUGGUGACUGGCCGGUCCCUGCAAGACCUCAAGUUUGGCUCCCUCAUCUCACCGCAGGCUUUGGGCCUCAUCAUCCCGGAGACCUGCAAAGCGAUAUACACCGCCCUCAAGCCGCGGUGCUUCAAGUUCCCCUCAUCCGGGGAGGAAUGGAAAAGCAUUGCUGAGGAGUUUGAGUCGCGUUGGAACUUCCCGAACUGUGGAGGAGCCAUGGAUGGCAAACACGUGAGGAUAGCUCCGCCUUCCGAUACCGACUCGUUGUACUACAACUACAAGGGUUUCCACAGUAUUGUCCUGUUGGCCAUCGUCAACGCUAACUGUGAGUUUCUGUUUGUGGACGUUGGCAAGAACGGGCGAGACGCGGAUGGUGGGUCCAUCAGGUACACCCAGUUUUAUGAGAGGCUCGUGUCUGCGAGGCUCCAUUUACCUCCCGCUGGGGAAUGCAAGUACGGACUCAACUUUGUGUUUGUUGCUGGUGAGGCCUUUGUACUGCACGAGCAUAUCAUGAAGCCGUAUGCGCAAAGGGGGCUGACCAAGGAGCGGCGUAUCUUCAAUCAUCGGCUUUCCAGGACACGCCGUAUUGCGGAGACCGCGUUUGGUCUCCUCGGCAACCGCUUCAGGAUAUUCCACACUGCCAUCAACCUACCUGUGGACAAAGUAGACUGGGUUGUCUUCGCAUGCUGUGCCCUACAUAAUUUCCUGAGGCAGAAGAACACCCAACAACGGCCAACAACUACAGCAGUGCCAGAUGCCACAGAGCACACUGAGGACAUUGAUCGCUGGACUCCUGUGGCUGCAGCCAGGGUUACUCAGGCGGGCCUGGUACGUGCUAAACAGGUCAGGGAGGAUUACCUGGCCUAUUUCAAUGGUGCGGGGACGGUGCCCUGGCAGGAAGACUCCAUAAAGUGAAGAACUUUAACAAAAUGUAACUUUCCCAGAGUUUAAUACAUGAACAUUUGAUAUAGUGGGUGCACGGUGUCUCUACUCUACUAGUGACAUGGUGGGUGCACUGUGUCUCUACUAGUGACAUGGUGGGUGCACUGUGUUCUACUCUACUAGUGACAUGGUGGGUGCACGGUGUCUCUACUCUACUAGUGACAUGGUGGGUGCACGGUGUCUCUACUCUACUAGUGACAUGGUGGGUGCACGGUGUCUACUCUACUAGUGACAUGGUGGGUGCAUGGUGUCUCUACUCUACUAGUGACAUGGUGGGUGCACUGUGUUCUACUCUACUAGUGACAUGGUGG